UUGAGUCAAGUGGCGGCACAAGAGGAACUUCCAGGAAACCAGACUCUUCAGAUUCAGUCAAAUGCUCUUUCAGCGCCAUCGGCGACGUGGUGUUCCUGGUGGACGGCUCCUGGAGCGUCGGCAGGCCGGACUUCAGAUACAUCCGCAACUUUAUCUCAGCGGUGGCCGGCGCCUUUCAGGUCGGAGCGGACAGGACCCGGGUGGGCGUGGUCCAGUACAGCAGCGACCCGCGAACAGAGUUCACCCUCAAACAACACGUGAGCCGACCCGAGCUGCUGCGCGCCAUCGGCUCGCUGCCGUACAAAGGAGGAGACACCAAGACAGGCGAUGCCCUCGACUACAUCCUGAAAAACAGUUUCACCGAGGAGGCCGGGGCCCGGAGGGAUUUCCCCAAAGUGCUGGUGAUCAUCACGGACGGCAAAUCUGAGGAUCCGGUGGAGAGUUACGCCAAGCAGCUCCGGAGCAGCGGGGUGGAGAUCUUUGUGCUCGGCAUCAAACAGGCGGAUGAAGAGGAGAUGAAGCUCAUGGCCUCCACGCCUCACAGAAGUCACAUCUUUAAUGUCGCCGACUUUAACCAGAUCAAGAACGUGCAGAGAGAGCUCGUUACUCAGGUGUGCGCUGGCGUCGACGAUCAGCUCUCAGCACUCGUCAGCGGGGAAGAAGUCGUUGAUCCGGUCUCCAACCUCCAUGUCCUGGAGGUGGCCUCAAAGUCCGUGCGGUUGACCUGGGACGCCCCUAUGGGAGAGUCUUCCGGAUACAUGGUGAAGAUGAUCCCCAUGAUGGCCGGCGGCAAGCGGCAGGAGCUGUACGUGGGCCCGACCCAGACCUCAGUGGUGGUCAGGAACCUUUCUCCAGACACAGAGUAUCAGAUCAGUCUGUUGGCCCUGAGGGGCCUGAUGCCCAGUGAGCCCGUCACCCUCAUGCAGAAGACGCAACCGAUUAAAGUAUCAAUGGAGUGCUCUCUUGGCGUGGACGUACAAGCCGACGUCGUCCUCCUGGUCGACGGUUCCUACAGCAUCGGUCUGGCUAACUUUGCUAAAGUGAGAGCUUUCCUGGAGGUGCUGGUGACCACCUUUGACAUCGGGCGAGAUAAGGUCCAGAUCAGCUUGGUCCAGUACAGCAGGGACCCGCACACCGAGUUCUACCUGAACACUCACCACGACCUGGCCGCCAUGGUCAAGGCCGUUAGGACUUUCCCGUACCGCGGCGGCUCCACCAACACCGGCAGGGCCAUGACCUACGUGAGAGAGAAGGUCUUCCAGACCACCAGAGGGGCGCGCACCAACGUUCCCCGCGUCAACAUCCUCAUCACCGAUGGGAAGUCAUCCGACGCCUUCCAGGAGCCGGCCACCAAGCUGAGGAACGCCGACGUGGAGAUCUUCGCCGUGGGCGUUAAAGACGCUGUGCGAACGGAGCUGGAGGCCAUCGCCAACGAGCCCGUGGACUCCCACGUGUACACCGUGGAGGACUUCGAUGCCUUCCAGAGGAUUUCCAAAGAACUCACGCAGUCCAUCUGUCUGAGGAUCGAGCAAGAACUCAGCAUCAUCCAGCAGAGACGCCUGACCCAACCGAGGGCCCUGUCCUUCUCAGAGGUCGGCCCCAGGAGCUUCAGGGCCGCCUGGGAGAUCGACGCCGCCGACGUGGAGUCCUACUUGGUUCGGUUCAAGCCGGCGGACGACGAGUACGGACACUACGUGUCCAUGUCCGUGCCCGGGUACACGCUCACCACUGUCUUGCCCCGCCUCGUCCCAUUCACCCACUACGAAGUCAACGUUCACGCUCAGUACGACAAAGGGGACAGCUUGCCUGUGACCGGCUAUGAGACCACGUUAGAAGAACUGGGCUCCGUGCACAACCUAAGAGUAUCCGAGGAGACCACAGACAGCUUCAGGGUGUCGUGGCAGCCGGCUCCAGGAGACGUCACUCGCUACCGGUUGACCUAUGAACCCGCGGGGGACGAGAGCUCGAGGCUGGAGACCACCACCGUCGGACCCGAGACCACGAUCGUGCUGCAGGAGCUGCAGCCUAAAACCACCUACCGCGUCACAGUCACUCCCGAAUACACGUCCGGCUCCGGAGGGCCGAUGACGACAGACGGCACCACCAAAGAAGCCAGGGGUUCCCCCCGUGACCUGAGGGUUUCCAACGAGACCGUGUCGUCCAUGAAGGUCUUCUGGGAGCAGGCCCCGGGGAACGUGCUCCAGUACCGCGUGGCGUACAAACCCUCCGCAGGCGGCCCCGGGAAGGAAGUGUCGGUAAAGGGCGACAGCAGGGCCACCCUCCUCAAGAACCUGCAGCCGGGAACUCAGUACGACAUCUCUGUCAGCGCACGAUACCCAUCCGGUCUGGGCGACGCCCUGGAGGGACGGGGCUCCACGCUAGAAGGUAAACCAGUUACAUAUUUGUUAAAUCAAUUGUUUUUAGUUGCUGGGUGGCGGAAAAACAUCAGAACAAGCAGAUAGAUACCCAGACAGAGUUUGUGUCACCCAGGCGUCAACCUCCCAUUCUGAGAUUGAAGUCAAAGCUCCAUGUGUUAA